GAAAGCAUAUCUCAAACCCUGAUGCACACCGUUUCCAGGAAACAUGUCGUUCAACCCGAAACCGUAGCAAAACAUGUGAGUCUGAACGCGCCCCAGAUGCACUGACAUGCCAAGGAGAGAGAAGAGGAGGGCACUGCCUCUGAAAUGAUCCGCUGUGAGGACAGACAGGAGGAGGAUGCUGUUCAGACUCGGACCGCAGCGUCUCCGGUCUCUAGCUGUGUGUCUAUGAAGAGUGACGGCUCCAUGCACAAACCUCCUGGCUUCAGUGAUGGAGCGGGAACCUCUGAUUCGAGACACCACACUCGGACCGCAGCGUCUCCGGUCUCUAGCUGUGUGUCUAUGAAGAGUGACGGCUCCAUGCACAAACCUCCUGGCUUCAGUGAUGGAGCGGGAACCUCUGAUUCGAGACACCACACUCGGACCGCAGCAUCUCCGGUCUCUAGCUGUGUGUCUAUGAAGAGUGACGGCUCCAUGCACAAACCUCCUGGCUUCAGUGAUGGAGCGGGAACCUCUGAUUCGAGCUCCAUUGAAGCUGUCGAUGAGCUCUGUGCUGCCUGCUGUGAGAGGAAGCUCAGGGUUGUGAAAUCCUGUCCAACCUGCGCUGCGUUCUACUCUGAGACCCACAUCAGACAGCACUACGCAGAACCAGCCCUGCACACACUGGUGGAGGAGACUGGAGCUCGGGAGCGGGAUUCGCACCAACUACUGGAUGAUGCCUUGCAGAGAGUCAAAGAGAAACACAAAAUCAGCAUGAAAGGGAAGUAUGAGAGCUUAUUUGAAGGAAUCAAACAACAAGAGAACCAAACCCUUCUGAACAGGAUCUACACACAGCUCUACAUAAUCGAGGGAGAACGAGAAGGAGUGAAUGAAGAACAUGAGGUUUUACAGAUGGAGAAAACACCCAGACCACAACAAUUACAAGACACUCCUAUCAACUGCAAUGACAUUUUUGAUCCAUUACCUGAACCAGGCUAUGAGGAGAAGAAGAAAAGAAUGAGCAAAGACAAAAUCAAGACUGUUCUUACUAAAGGCAUCGCUGGGAUUGGGAAAACGGUCUCCGUGCAGAAGUUCAUUCUGGACUGGGCUGAGGGAAAUUCCAAUCAGGAUGUAGAUUUCAUGUUUGUGCUCAUAUUUCGAGAGCUGAACUUGAUUAAAGAUCGUCAGUACAGUCUUCACAGGCUUCUGCUGGACUUUCAACCUGGACUUCAAGAUCUGGACCCGAAGGUAUAUGAUCUAUGCAAAGUUGUGUUCAUUUUUGAUGGUCUGGAUGAAAGCAAGAUUAAACUUGAGUUUUCAAACAGUGAGAAAGUUUCUGAUGUGACUGAGAUUUCAUCAUUGGGUGUGUUGAUGUCAAACCUCAUCAAAGGGUAUCUGCUUCCAUCUGCUCUCAUCUGGAUCACCUCCAGACCAGCAGCAGCCAAUCAGAUCCCCUCCAAAUACAUCAACCGUCUGACAGAAAUUCAGGGAUUCAAUGACUCUCAGAAGGAGGAAUAUUUCAGGAAGAGAAUCAGUGACCAGCAUCAAGCCAGCAGAAUCAUCUCACACAUUAAAGCAGCAAGAAGCCUCCACAUCAUGUGCUACAUACCAGUCUUCUGUUGGAUCUCAUCCACUGUGCUUCAGAGCAUCAUGAAAAAGGAUCACUGUGCGGAAAUCCCCAAAACUCUGACUGAAAUGUACAUACACUUCUUGAUUAUUCAGACAAAUAUAAGAAAUCAGAAGUAUGAUGAGAAAAAUGAGAGAGAUCCACAGAAACUCCUGCAGUCCAACAGAGAAGUGAUUGUGAAACUUUCCAAACUGGCUUUCAAACAACUGAUGCAUGGAAAUAUCAUGUUCUAUGAGGAGGACUUGAGAGAGUGUGGCAUAGACGUCACUGAGGCCUCAGUGUAUUCUGGGAUUUGCACUGAGAUCUUUAAGGAAGAAUAUGUGAUUUAUCAGAGGAAGGUUUACUGCUUCAUACAUCUAAGCUUUCAGGAAUUUCUUGCAGCCUUUUAUGUCUUUUACUCCUAUGUAAAUACCACUUCUGAUGACUUGAAAAUGUUUGAUCUGCUUCAUAAUUUGCAUAAAGGAGUACUGGAUAAAGCUCUAAAGAACGAGAAUGGACGCAUGGAUCUUUUCGUCCGGUUUCUGCUGGGCAUCUCGCUGGAGUGCAAUCAGAGACUGUUACAGGGGCUACUGACACAAACCGAGAGCAGCUCAGAGAGCAUCAUGGAAACCAUAAAGUACAUUAAGGACAAAAUCAAAGAAUGGAAAAACACUCUUUCUGCUGAAAGAUCCAUCAAUCUGUUCCUCUGUCUGCUUGAAAUGAACGAUCAGACUCUGCAAAGAGAAAUCCUGGAGUUUCUGAAAUCAGACAAACACUCAGAAAAAGAACUGUCUGCUGCACACUGCUCAGCCAUAGCCUACAUACUUCAGAUUUCAGAGGAGGCGCUGGAUGAGCUGGACCUUAAGAAAUACAACACAUCAGAGGAAGGUAGAAGGAGACUGAUACCAGCUGUGAGAAACUGCAGAAAAGCUGUCCUUGCUGACUGCAAAAUCACUGACCAGUCCUGUGAAAUUGUGGCCUCAGCUCUACAAUCGUCAGACUGUCCCCUGAGAGAGCUGGACUUGAGUAACAAUGACCUGCGGGAUUCAGGAGUGAAGCUUCUCUCUGCUGGACUGAAGAGUCCUCAGUGUCUACUGGAGAUACUGAGAUUAUCUGGCUGUAUGGUGACCCAGGAAGGCUGUUCUUGUCUGGCUUCAGCUCUGAGUUCAAACCCAUCACAUCUGAGAGAGCUGGAUCUGAGCUACAAUCAUCCAGGAGAUUCAGGAGUGAAGCUGCUCUCUGAGAGACUGAACCAUGCAAACUGCAAACUGGAGAUACUCAAUUUGGACCAUGGAGAACAUUUCAGAAUCACACCAGGACUACACAAAUAUACCUGUAAUCUCACACUGGACAUAAACACAGCAAACAAUCAUCUCUCUCUGUCUGAGGGGAACAGAAAGGUGACGCGAGUGGAAGAGGAGCUGCCUUAUCCAGAUCAUGCAGAGAGAUUUGACUGCUUUGAACAAGUUUUGUGCAGAGAGAGUCUUUCUGAACGCUAUUACUGGGAGGCCGAGUGGAGUGCGAGGGGAGCUGGACUGUCAGUGACGUAUAAGAAAAUCCAAAGAACUGGAAGCGACUGUAGGUUUGGCCUCAAUGAAAUGUCCUGGAGUCUGAUCUGUUUUGAUAACAAAUACUCUGCCUGGCACAGCAAUAAGAGAACCAACUUACUUGCCCCUUCUCCCUCCUCUAAUAGAGUAGGAGUGUAUCUGGACUGGCCAGCUGGAAAGCUGUCCUUCUACAGUGUCUCUGAACACACACUCAUUCACUUACACACAUACCACGCCACAUUUACUGAGCCCCUCUAUGCUGGAUUUAGGCUUUAUCCAGAUUCUUCAGUUUCACUGUGUUAAGGUCUUUGCACAAUGAGUCCGAAAUUUUCGCACGUUAAAAAAUAAAUACGACCUCACGUUGUGUCAAUAACAUUUACAUACUGCCUCAGAAACUUUCGUCCGUCGGAUCAGGUUCGAUUUUCUGCGUUUUCGCAUCAGUAGCAAGCAUUUUGAUUUCGGACUCAGUGAACCUUUAGAAUGAAGAGCUUCGUAAUAUAGCCUGUAUGUUAGUCUUCUGUAUGUAUAUGCCAUUGCAACCUAGUCUCGAUGUGGAAAACGAAAUUUGUGCAAAACCAGAAAUGCUACCUCUAUCACAGUGGAUAAUUUUUAUUUAUAAAUGUCUGAUAUUUACAAGUGUUUAACUGGACAACAACAACAAAACCUUGCCUCUGAGACAGAUCAAGCUUACUUACUUCCCCAACUAACCAAAAACAGGAAAGAAAUGUAAAUGUAUGGAAACAAACAGUGGUGUCAGUCUCCCUACUUACCCAAAAUAGCAAUGUCAAACCUCCAAACUGGUCCACUUGAAGAAA